CGGGUGGGUGACGGCACGGCGGACCAGACGCAUCGUCGCGACCGCCGCCGCCGAUCGUAUACCGUCGCCGCAAAACGGUGUGUGUGUGCUCUCCCGCGAUCGCCGUCCGCGCCGCCGACAACUUCGAUUACCGCGCGCGCACGCGCGCACACGUUCCGCUCUCCCGUCCGCGCCGACAAACCUUAAAGUUUUGUUUUUCGCCCCUUCGAAUCCCGUUCACUCCCCCGCCGACGACACCACCCCUACGCGACUCGUUCGUUCCGUCCGAUCUCGCCGAUUCUCUCUCUCUCUCUCUCUCUCUGUCCGUCCAACUUGUUUCCGCCUUCGUCGGACCCGUUCAAAAUUGGCCGCGUCAAGCAGAAUCCGGUUCGUGCGGUGGCCACUGGCAAAACGGCUGAGCACAACUCGGUGAUUAAUACGGAAUUGCCGAUUGAUUGUAUGAAGAUGACAAUGGAUGCCGCAGAAAGCGCAAGGCUAGGGUUGAACUUGAACUUGAGCGUACAACCUCAAUCGUACCACUGGAUGCAAUCCCCGAAAGGCACCGAUGACGAGGACGAGGACGACCGUAGACGUGCCGACGACGAUUGUUCACCGGAAGAAGAACCGGAUAUCCUGGAAAUGCAGCGAGAAGAACGUGAGACCCUCAAUCAGUUGGCACGCCGUUUGGCUACUGGGUCACACGCCGGACUGAUGGGAGGCCACGCCACGUCCAUGAUACAGCAUUUGGUUUACCGUCAUCCCAAUGCGAUGGCUUCGUCCGACCAGAUCGUCAUGCCGAUGUCUUCCAGGCGGUCAGCUGUUGUGGAUUCACCACCCGGGUCAAGUCGAUCGGGUGACACGCCGCUCGGUCACGAGUACCCAUCGGAGAACGAGUCGUCUUUGUUGUCCAGAAAAGGCGAGGCGCAAUCGUGGACUUUCGAAGAACAGUUCAGACAAUUGUAUACAGCGGGAAACGAAACGGACCGCCGCAGUUUCUUGGAUUCAUUAUUUAGCUACAUGCAGGAACAAGGAACUCCGAUCAGUCGACUCCCGAUCAUGGCGAAACGAGUGUUAGACUUGUACACUUUGUAUAAGCUGGUUGUUCAAAGGGGUGGAAUCGUGGCUGUUAUAACCAAAAAACUUUGGCAAGAGAUAAUCCGAGGCUUGGGCCUACCGCCAUCCAUCACUAGCGCGGCUUUCACACUACGCACGCAAUAUGUCAAGUACCUGUACGCGUACGAGUCCAAGAUGAAUCGGUUCAGCUCUGUGGAUGAGUUGAACAUGGCCAUAGCGGGAAACAGGCGCGAGGGCCGGCGGAACAAAUCGUUGCUAUCCGAAUACUUGCCUUCGCUACCGGUCUCCGCCACGGCCGGCCACCACCAUCAUAUGUCGUCAGCCGUAGCGUCACCGGGUUCGCACCAACAGCACCAGCAGCAGCUCCAACAGCAGCAGCAGCAGCAACUUCAACAAAAGCAGCAGCAGCAGCAGCAGCAUUACGCCAACGUGCUGGCCGCCGACGAUCGGUUCCGUCAUUUCGCCGCCGUCAUCCUGGACAACAGACAACGCGCGGCCACCGCAGCCGCCGCAGCUGCCGCCGCCGCCGAACAGCAGGUCAGACAACAGCCGCUGCCGUCGUCGUCCUCGUCGUCCCCGCGGCCGGCCAGUCCGCAACGACUCGGACACAUUCCGUCACUGGCAGCUGCCGCCGCCGCCGCAGCCGCCACGGACGCGUCGCAGUUCAACGGCCAUCUCCCACCGAUGCCAUAUCAGUCGGCCUCGAUGAUCGCUGCUCAUCAAGCGGCCGCCGUGGCCGGCGACCAUUCCAAUAAACAGAGAGAAAUCCUUAGCAUGUUGAUGUGGAUGGACUUGGUGAGAGCUAAUCAAUCGGCAAUUUCGAGACAUUCAAUACCGAACUUGCAGCCCAACACGUCGCCGUACAACGCUGCUGCGGUCGCGGCCGCGAUGAACCUGUCACCGGUCGUGCUGCAGCAAAAAGGACCGAUACCGGAACAGUGCGAAGCGUUGAAUCUGGGCAAAAAAUGCCAAGGGACGAACAACAACAACGCGGGCGAGAAUGACGACGAGCCGACCGCGAAACGGAUCAAAUCAGAUUAUUCCCCUGGCGGAGCAAGCGCGAAGCUCAGUCGCCCCGCGAGUCCGAAAAUAAAGAGCCUAAGCCCGGUGCGCAACUCGAUCUCUCCUGGACGCGUUAGCGCCGACGAAAACGAGAACGAUGGCGACGACCGCAACAGCAACAUGAUCGAAAUGGAAAUUGAUGUGUCCGCCGGUAUGUCAAAUGGUCUAAAUAUAUGCGUUUGUAAAAGGACAAGAGAUGGUAUUUACAAGGGUCAACUUGUCAAGGUUGAAUCGUCGUUGAAUGGAGGACCUAAAAAUACUAGUUCCUUUAUAUUGCGUCUGAACGGCGAACUCUAUACUGGAUGUCUGCGAUUACAGGACAGUAUUCUUAAUCAUGAUGAUGAAAAGAUAUGUAGUUAAAACAAGAACUUGAUCAUAUGCAAAACACAACCAACUAUAGUUUUAUGUGUAAAUAUAAUAAAUUAGAUUCUAGAUAAGAAAAUAAGUAGU